CAAAAUGAAAAUAUAAACAAAAGGAGUAAGAAAUCGUGAGCUUUAAUUUGACUGAUUAAAACUCAACUGGUGAACAGAGGAUCUGUGUGUAUAUGCACGAGAUAGUAAAAGGAGUUCAUGAUGUUUUUGCAAUGAUGCUCCAAAAGGCACGACGUAUUCUUUGUUCUAUUUAAUCCGGACAAAUUAUGUGGUCGAUGAGGUCAUUCAGAUAUUUACAUUCAGUCCGUGAAUAAAAAGUAAAGGCAAUUAUCGUUGGACAGAGCUUCAUAGUUGAUAAAGACAUAUACAUGCUAUACACUUUUAUUGGAUAUUACAUUCGAAGUGCUCAUUGACAAUUGAGGAGUAAAAGAAACCAUCAACUACCAUGCCACCUCAGGUGAUGCCGGAGGAACAAAUGGCGGACGCUGCUGCUGCUGUCUCGACCUUGUCGAUCAUGGAUUCUUCUAGGUUAUCAACCUUCGUUAUUUCCAUUUUACUGAUUGUGUACGGAAGUUUUAGAUCUCUGAAUAUGGAAAAGGAAAAUGUUGAGAGGGAAAGAGAAAAAGAAAAAGACAGUUUUAUAGGAAAUACUUCUGCAGAAAAUGAGAGUAACAUGCAGACUAUAGAUACAUGUCAGGCGGCAUUUUUACCGAUUGGAGCCUCAGUUUCACUUCUGAUCAUGUUCUUUUUCUUCGAUUCAUUACAGAUGGUCUUUGCCAUUUGUACUGCAGUGCUGGCGACUGUGGCCUUUGCCUUUCUGUUGUUACCUAUGUGUCAGUAUAUCAUCAAACCCUGCUCUACAGGCCAAAAAAUAUCAUUUGGUGUUUGUGGCAGAUUUACAGCAGCGGAAAUCUUGUCAUUUUGUUUGUCGUUUUUUAUUGUGUGUAUAUGGGUAUUGACUGGUCACUGGCUCCUUAUGGAUGCUUUAGGCAUGGGACUAUGUGUAGCCUUUAUAGCACUUGUACGUCUGCCAAGUUUAAAAGUAUCGACUUUGUUGUUAGUAGGAUUAUUAAUUUAUGAUGUAUUUUGGGUAUUCUUCUCUUCCUAUAUAUUUAGUGCCAAUGUUAUGGUUAAAGUAGCAACCAGACCUGCGGAAAAUCCGGUUGGUAUGUUUGCCAAAAAAUUACAUUUAACUGGUCUUGUCAGGGAUGCUCCUAAACUAUCUCUGCCAGGAAAAUUAGUAUUUCCAAGUAUGCAGAACUCGAGCCAUUUUUCCAUGUUAGGACUAGGUGAUAUAGUAAUGCCAGGCCUGUUGUUAUGUUUUGUUUUACGUUAUGAUGCUUACAAGAAAUCACAAACAAUAUCCGUAGAUACAGGAGUUCCCCCACCCCCUACUUAUGUACAGCGACUAACAUACUUCCAUUGUUCACUGGUUGGAUAUUUUCUAGGUUUAUUAACAGCGACUGUGUCCUCGGAAGUAUUUAAAGCAGCACAACCAGCAUUGUUAUAUUUAGUUCCAUUUACACUGUUACCCUUGCUAACCAUGGCAUAUCUGAAGGGAGAUCUUAGAAGAAUGUGGCAUGAACCUUUCUUAGCACAUACUACACCAAAAGAUGUUGAUGUAUAAAACAUAGACUGCCAAAAAACAUGGAGAAAUAUGUGGGGAAAACCAUUUUAUUUAUGUAGGCAUUUGGACAGUAGUACUGCAUUGGCCAAAAAUAAAUAAAACUGUGGAAUAGACCAUUUUUUUUAUGUAGGCAUUUGAACAGCAGUACUGCAUUGGACCUUAAAUGAUUAAAACUUGACAUUCAUAACCAGAAGUUGAUUGGCAAAGAAAAGUUCACACAUACGUAAUGGCUUAUUAAUUCAUUUUCAGACUGUUGUUAUCUUUAACACAGAGGGAAUUAUUCACUUGUUUUUAGAAUAACUUUGUGUUUGAUUUCAUGGCCGAUAAUGAAUUUCUUAAGUAACAGAAAAAACUGAUUGAGUUCAUACAUUCUGUCAAAUAAUUGUUGUACAUUGAAUCAGAUUUGUUUAUCAAAUACUGUCUGCUCGUCUUCCGAGAUAUUUAAAUUUGAAUAUCAGCAGAAACAUUUUAGAAGUCAAAUACAUUCACUGUUGUUAUGGGAAUUGUGAACCUUUGUCCAAGGAUUUCGUGUGUUGAUUUGAGAUAUCUUCAAGAAUGGAAGUUAGACUUCAAGUAACAAAGAAGAAACAAUGAUUCUGUACUUAUUAUGUGAGUGGAGAUGACUCUCAGAGGCAUAACAACUGUUCUUCACAAAUUUCUAGUAUUUCCAUCAGCCAAAAUGUAUUUGUUACACUAAAGAGGGGAACUUAGGAUAUGAUCCUUGCAAUGAAAAACGUUGUAGCCUCAGUGCGGGAGACUAAGAAUUUGUAGUUUCACUGUGUGAAAAUGUUCAAAGAUCUGCACCAGAUUUGUUGGUGAAAUUAUCACAUAAUUGUAUUUUUUUAUAUCAAGAUGGAAUUCCUUUGUUGUCAGUGGUGUUAGAAAGGGGUCCUAUAUAGUAUCAUUACUGUUUUCAUUGUUUUUAAAUGACAUUUGCCACUUUGUUUUAGCUAGUCAGGUUUUUCAGGGAAAGGUCAGAAAGAGGGACAAAUGGUCUCACAUUGUGAGACAUUGAUUGUCAGUUUUACAAAAUUAUAAGUUCUUCAUGUACAAAAGUUUGUUCAUUAACAUGGUAAUAUAUGGUAUUCUUUGCUUUUUGUCAGAUUUGAAAUUUUUUUUAAAACUGAAUGAUGAUAUAGUUGCAUUCUAGUUUCUGUCUAGUAUUAACUUAAAUGCAAGCCAAAGGAGUAGGGGCAAUAAGGCCCUUAUUUGCCCCAAAUAUUGGUUCAAAUUGAAAAGUUACCAUACAUAUUCUUAAAUUUCUUCUAACUACACUAAGGUUCAAGGUGUUCAGAAAAUAAAAACGCAAAUUUCACGUUUAAUGACUUUCCAUGACAAAAAACCAUGAAGAAACUUGUAUAUUUUAUAAAAUUUCUUGAUUUUUCUUGUUUUACACCAGUUUGUGUGUCAUGAAAAGACUGUCUACAAUGAAGGAAAUAACUGAUAUUCAGAUGAUAGUGUAGCUCUUUCUGGCAUUUAAUAGUUCCUUUUAGAAGGUAAAAAAUGAACACAUUGAUAACUUACCAGAAGGCUUUAAUAUUUACUGUUAAUUCAAAAUUACUCAGUGUUUUAUUGAUGCGAAAAAUGUGACAGUAUCGUGUUCACAACAAUAAAAAAAUGCAUUGAUAAUUACAGAAAUGAUUUUCCUUCAUAGAAUUUUUGCAAUUUCAUAAUUAGAUUUAGCAUUUUUGCCAGUGGUCAAAGAUUUGCAAUAAUAAAUGCAUGCAUUGAUUUCUGAAUUUACAGUUCUCAAAAUGGCCAGUUUUUCAAAUUUGUCAAAGUUCUUACAUUUUUUUAUGAACAUCAUGAAGGGGUAUGCAAGUUGAUAGAAAUUAAAUUAUGAUUUUUUUUAAAUUUUGAAAAGUAUUUUUAUCCAAUUCAGUGUGAAUUUGUGUCAUAUUUUGUUUUAAAGGUUGAUCACGUGACAGUGUAUGAUCAUGUGACAGUGUCUGAUCAUGUGACAGUGUAGAAUCAUGUGACAGUGUCUGAUCAUGUGACAGUGUAUGAUCAUGUGACAUUGUAUGAUCAUGUGACAGUAUGAUCGUGUGAUAAUGAAUGAUGGUGCAAUAGAUUUGUAUGCUUAUUUCAUCAAUGUGUUUGUGUUUAGUUUGAUAGGAAUUUAAUUGCUUACUUUUGGGGCAUCUAAUUGGACUUAAAUUGGGUAAUUUGUUACUUAAAUCGGUGCUUAAUGGUACAGUUUUUUGUCAUUUGUAUACAAUGUACUUUGUUUUCAAUAUUUUUGUAUUGCAAAGGAUUUCAUUUUUUAUAAUUAAAAUUUUGAUGAUUGUUUGUGUGUUGGCUAUGUGUCUACUUUUAUUUAAAAGACUUAAGUGUGAAAUGUAAUUUAUUAUUUUGUCAGCAAGUGGACAAUAAAAUACAAAUCAAUUUAGAGUAUAAUAUGAUAUUUCUCCACUCAAUAGAUACAAUAUAUUUGUUGGUUUACGGAUUUUCAGUGUGAUUGUUUUAGUUGUUAUUUGGAAAAUAUUUUAGGAAAGAAAUCUUACAAGACUUUGUUGAUCCAAAAUGUUUAAAAAUAAAAUCUUAUAUGAUGAUGACAAAAAAAGAAAAACAAACUAAUUGUAAAUGACUAAUUUAUAGGUUUCCUUUGGUAAGAUUAUUUACAUAAACAACAUUUCCUAAUCUGACAGCUGUCAUUGGCUAGAUUUAGGUUUUUAUUCUUUGACCACGGCACAUCCUUUCUGUUAAUGUAUAAAUCUAAGACAAUAUGUCAUGAAUGUAGGCAAACUUUAAGUUUUUUCUUUGAAAUAUCAUCAGGCUUGGUGAUGUUAAAGAAGCAAAAUCAGAGAUAAACAAGCUAAUAUGACAUCUUAAUUAUUUUUUUACCAAUCAGGUCCAAAGAUUUAUUGAUUAUGAAAAAAAUAAUGAACUGGUCCUGGAAAGUAAAAAACAUUUUAAAAUAAGAGAAAUUAAGUUUUACAGUGUCACAGAAAGCAGGUGCUCUCAUAGAUAUUGCAUUUUAUUUAGAAAUAUAAUAUAACUUUUGGAAUGCCUCAACCAAUUAAAAAAAGGGAAUGGUAUGGAACUUCUAUUUAAUGUAAUUAUUAAAUAAUAAAUGAGGAGACAAAAAUAACAUAGCUGUUUAUUACAUCAUGUAUGUGCAGUGUAUCCAAAUGCAUUUUUUUUUAUAAAUAUAAAGUAGAUGCAUAGAGAAUUAAUUGGAAGAUAUGAAACAGUAGAUAGUAUUGCAUACAAUAUCAUUUAAAUAUUUUUAACAAAUUUUAUUUUCAUGAAAAAUUUCAAUUUCGUUUUCUAUUCAUCAUUUGUAAUUACAUUUUAGAUAGUGCAUAUUAUCAUACAUAUAUUUUAAUUAUCAUUUCUCAUUAUUUUAUAUUAGGUCAAAUAAGUUAACUUACACAUUUUGUUUGAAAGAGAUAUUUAAAGAACAUUAAUACACAUAUUUAGGUAAAUGCAAGAUUCAGUUGUCAUUCAUAUAUAUUUUUUGGACAUGGCAUAUAAAAGGCAUUUUGUCAUGCAAUUUUUAUAAUACAGUAGUUAAAUUUCUCAAUGUGGAAUAAAAUAAAAACACCUGCAAAUUCUGAUUCAAUAAAGCAAGAUUACUGUCUUUAUGGUCAUUUAAACAACAUCAUAGAUGUAAAAAAAAUUGUACAUCCAUACAUGCAUUUGCCAAAAUUCCAUAGAAGUACUAGCAGUCAGGGUAAAUACUUGGAUGAGUGUUUUUUACAUACUGAUACAGGAAAUUUUUUUGGAAGUAGAGUUAUAUUCCUAAGACAUUCAGAUUUUUUUACUGACAUGUACAUUGAUGUAUAUAAGUGAAAACAAGUCUUAUUUUCUUCUUUUCUUGAAUUUGUCCUGACUACAUUGCUCUAAUAAAGUGUUUUUAUUGUUUAUCAUUCAUAGGUGUCUCUGUUUUUCAUAAAAAAGUAUAAUUUCAUGAACAAUGAAUAUCUCCUUGGUAAAUUAUCUUGAAAAUACUGCUUAUCUACAAGCCUCCAUGGAGCAAUUUUUUAAGGCUUUGCAUACUUACUUUACAUCUGUUGGCAAUAGAUUUAUUUGUUUAGUUUUUGAGAUAAAAGGUUGAACUCUUAUUAAAAAAUAAUGAGCAGACCAGACAAAUUUUGUUUAAGCAUGUUUUGAUCUCCCAAAACUUGAGAAUUUAAAGGGUUGUAAAAAAAAAAUAUUUGUUUGAAUACUUUUUUGGAGGGAUUGAUUAAGGGGAGAUUAUUCUAUUCAAAUCUUGAAAAUAAAAUAAAAAUCUUACAAUAUUACUUAUACAAGUAAAUAUGACUUACAUCUUCAAGUGGAUAGACUUUUAUUAAAAUAUUUAUAAGCUUAAAGAUUUGAAUUUUGAGUUAGUUUUAGAAGUAACUCAUAUUAUUUUACAUUGCCUUAAUCUUACUACAGAUUGUUUCUGCUAAUGUGGACUUUGUUUUCUUUCCCACUCAUCCAUAAUUUGGACUCUGGUGGAUAAUUAUCUCAUUGGCAAAUCCCCCCAAUCAUACCACUUCUAUUCAUUUUAGCAUAUACUUUUGUAACAGAUAGAGGUAUCACCAUAGUAAGAACUUCUAUGUAAGCAUAUUUUAUAUUUUCAUGAAGAUCAUGUUAUAAAUUUUGUCAUAUGAGUUAUCAUCAAGUUCCUAUGUUUAUAGAUACAAAUUAAAAGAGCAGUUAUAAAUUAGAAUAAUUUCAAUUGUUCAAUUACUGUGUAAUUUUAAUAUGAUCAUACAUGUAACAAUUAAUGUAUUAAAAGUAUGGCAGAUUUUUGAAAUAA